GCCAGCGCUAUCAGUGAGAGAAGCAGCUGUUCAUCUGCGUUUAACAUCUCAACCUCUUCUGAGAGUUCUGCCCAGAAAUAAGAACCAGGAUGUUCUCACUAAAACUCAUUUUCCUUUUGGUGGCUUCCCAGGGUGUCCAGGCUCAAGUUAGGUUCGUGGAAGCUGGAGGGGACGUGAAGAAACCAGGAGAUUCCCUCCACCUCUCCUGUAAAGGGUCUGGAUUCAGUUUUGGAGACUACUGGUUGAGCUGGCUCCGACUGUCUCCCGGCAAAGGACUGGAGAAGGUCGCCACCAUUAGCUUUUGGGCAGGAGACACUAAACAUUAUGCUGCUUCUGUAAGGGGGCGGUUCAGCAUUUCCAGAUCCAAUGCCCAGAAUAUGCUCUAUUUGCAAAUGAACAAUCUGAAGCCUGAAGACACGGGUAUUUAUUUUUGCAGCCAAGCACAGUGUGCCAGGGUAAUUCUGAGCUCCCACAAGAACCUCAAAUCGUGGCCGUUUUGGGAGCAGAGUACUUCCAGCAGGUUGAAAGAUCUGGACACUAGGGCUGAGAGUUUUAAAGGACUGGAGUGGGUAUCCAGCAUGGAGAAAUCCUCUACGAGUGCUAAAUAUUAUGCCAGUUCGGUGAAGGGCCGAUUCACCAUGUCCAGGGACAAUUCCAAGAACAUGGCAUAUUUGCAAAUGAAGAACCUGAAACCCGAAGACACCGCUAUGUACUACUGCCUUGUUUCAAUUUUCUCUAGAAAGGUUCUUGCACAGCUGUAUAGCACUGUGAACUCUGAUGCUAUCUUUAAAGGGACCAAAGUUUCUCUAAUACCAAGAGAUCAAACAACUUCUGAGCCCUCCGUCUCCAUUAUGAAGUCAGAAAAUGAGAGCAUUGCUGCUUGCCUGGCGAAAGAUUUCUACCCUAAAGAACUGAAGAUAUUAAUGAAUUCUGACAGUAAAACUAUAUAUGAAGCAACAGACCCAAUCCUCACAUCUAGUGGGAAAUACAGUGCUGUCAAAGUUGUCAAGUUGUCUCCAAAUGAACUAGUGUCUUGCUCCGUUCAACAUAAUAGCAAACUUAUUAAGAAAACCCAAACAGCUGAGAACCCACCAGAUUUCACAUCUCCUGCUCCAACGAUCAUCAUGCCCGAGCCGUGCAACAUUUCAACCCCCAGCCUCGAAGAUACGAAUGAGGAGAAAAACACAAAGACACUAUCCGCGGCUCUGCUGGGUUUGGAAAUUGUGCUUGCAAAGAGCAUCAUCUUUAAUGUGCUCAUGAUUGCAAAAUUAAUCUUUGAGGUUUGCAAGAAGGAGUGCGGAAGGACCUGAGAAACAAAGCAAAAUUUCUGUCAACUUUGUUUGUAUUAAUUAUAUAUAUAUAUACUGCUUUUGAUACUGAAAAUUAGUUUGCAUUUAUUGUUGCUCUGAAUGUAUUUUUAACAAGCUAAUUUUGGUAACUUCACAAAGAAUUGUAAAGUUACAAUAGUGACUUCAGAGAUAAGACUGAAGGAAAUUUUCUAUUUUAAAGUUUAUUUUCUAUUCCCUCAAAUCUUUCCCUGCCCCUUGAAAAAAGACCUAUCUUUAGUGCAAACUUACCAUGAUUUUUAGGCUAGAAUAGGAUAUUUACCAGCUAAAUUCUACUGACUGUACAAUAUCUUUUGAAAAAGUAGACUUUGAAAGAUGAUGGGCUUUUCAAAAAUGUCAUCUAAUUUUUUGGCAUUCAUGUAUUUUCCUAUUUUUAUAU